AUGGCAACAGAAGAAACCGUCGACCUUAGCCCAGCGCACGCGCCCCAACCAGCAUCUGUCGAUGCCUUCAAAUCGGUCCUGGACACCGUAAAACAAGAGCUUAUCAAGCUGCGGCGCGACCAUGACAAGCAUGAGCCAGAGUACUUUCGCGCUGUCAAACACCUCUCCGAUGCCGACCUAGUAUCCUUCACUGCCGAAGACCUCGAGUCGGUUCGCGCAGCCGUCACAGCGUACGGCCUGCAUCUCUUCGGCCAGGUGAAGCUGCCUGCUUUGGACAACGGGUACAUCCACAUCCGCAUAUUUGGAGCUGCUAAGGACGGUACGGAUGGGAGUAGUUUGGACGAGAGGGAGUAUAGUUUGCAUAGCAUACAUACCGAGGAAGUUAUCAAGGAAGAUGGAGAUAGGGUAUAUAGAGCGAUAUUUGGCAAGGACGACGCGUUGGAGUGGUUCGAGACUUAG